GUCAACAUAACUGGGCCCUAACAUGUUGACUUUAUUGGGCCUACAAGGCGUGGCUUAUAAACAAGAAGCGGUCCAUUAAAUACUGGCGCCAAAAUCAGAAUCACCCCGCCAUGACGAACACUAUUCUCUUCAUUUCAACUCUCACUUCUUUGGAUUCCAAAGAUUUGAAAUGAGGAAGAAAACCCAGAAACCGGAACAUCGAACAGCAAAACCGAAACCAGAACCACCCAAACCUAACAAAACCGCUACUGGAGCCACUGAAAACAAGAUGGGUGAAAAGGAGGCGACGGGGCACCAGCAGUUCUGGCUCUUAAAGACAGAACCAGGAGAGUGGUCGUGGGAAGACCAGGCGGCAAACGGCGGGAUAACGAAAUGGGAUGGCGUGAAAAACAAGCAAGCCCAGAAGUACCUCAAGUCCAUGAAGCUGAAUGACCUCUGCUUCUUCUACCACUCAGGCGCCCGUGCUCGCCGCGUGGUGGGCGUCGUAAAUGUGGAGCGCGAGUGGUACGAGGACGACGGUGGGGUGGCGGUGGACGUGAGAGCGGUCGGGGAGAUGAGGAUGAUGGUGGAUUUGAAGGAGAUGAAGGAGGAUGGUGGGUUGAAGGAUUUUCAGCUGCUCAAACAGCCUCGGUUGUCGGUUGUUCCGGUCUCGGAGGAUGUGUGGAAGAGGAUUUGUGAGCUGGGUGAUGGUUUUGAAGGAGAUGCAAGGAACGAUAAAGAUGGAGCUAGCGAUGAAGAUUAGGUUAAGUCCCUGGUUAGAUGCUUAAUGGGUAUAUG